UCAUAUAUUGACUCUCUCAUAUGAGUAUAUGAUUUAACCGGAAAACAUUAGAAAUAUUGGAUAAAAAACAAAUUAUAACAUGAUAAUUGUACUUUAAGCAUUUGAGUAAUUGACAUUCUCACUUAUUUAUAAUUUAUUAUAGCUAAAAUAUGAGAUAAUAAAAGUAAAAUACUAAAUAAUUUAAAUAAAAUUACAUAAAAUUUAGACAGACGGAUUGAAAAUAAAGCGGAUCAUAACGGAUAAGGAUGAAGAGAAUACCCAUGCCCAUCUCACUCCUCCUACGAGACGAUUCAGACCUUCCACAAAACAAGUGAAUAGAUCAGAUAAAAUUGGUUCGGUCAAAAUUGUCAAUAUAUUUUGGGUAAACCAUUUUGUGGUGUAUAAAUAAGCUAGGGUAAAUACAAUAUAUUAGCCACAACUAUUAUGAAGUGGGGAAUUAUGGCCACAACUAUGGAAAUUCAAAUUAUUAGCCAAACGUUAACUAUCUGUUAACAAUUUUGUUAGUAAUACUCACUAAACUUUUAUGUUUUAAAGUUAUAAAUUAAAAGCAUUCCGACGUGGCCGAUGACGUGGCCUUCUCUGUCAAAAAUUCAAUAACAGUAACGGACAGUUAGCCAUAUCUUGACCCGCAACAAUAGUUAUGACUAAUAAUUUGAAUUUUCAUAGUUGUGGCUAUAAUUCUCCGCAUCAUAAUAGUUGUGGCUAGUAUAUUAUAUUUACCCAAUAAGUUAAAAGCCCAAAAGCCGAAUCAGACACGUGGCUCACGACUGUUGGCCAACCGACUUUCAAACAUGUUGGGUGGUAACAGGUCACCACCCUCUUAUGUUAUUUGUUUGUUUCCCCCCUUCUAAUUUCCGGUGCCCUUUUCCCCGUCGGCAUCCACCUUCACACUGAACUGUAAUCUAAUGUAUCCCUAAUUAAUCAAUAAACUAAUUAAAAUCUUCUGCAUGUACAUUAAAGUUUUAACACUUAAUUUAUUUCCCGGGUUUGCCACCACCAACCCACUCAAUUUCCCUAACCAGAACUUGAAAUCCGUUUGCUGAUUAGUGAUUACCAACCUCUAAAUUAAUACAACUGGACCCAAUUUCCUGUGUGCGGGAGAUGAUAAUUCCUUCCCUUCUGCUCCAAAUUACUAAAAAAAAAAUCUUCUCCCUUCUCAUUCCUUGCCAAUAAUUCUCUCUUCUCCUCCUGCAUUCCAAAAUGGACCGCCAUUCCACCUCGUGUGCUCUUCUCUUCGCCAUUCUCAUCACCACCACCUUACCCCACACAACACUCUGCUCUCCUCCACACCCAAAGUACAGUUCCUGCGAACCCAGAACCUGCAGUAAUGGCGGCCCUUCCAUAAGCUACCCAUUUUGGCUGUCUAACUCUAACCAGGAUCAGGAAUCCUUCUGCGGCUUCCCCAAUUUCCAAAUCACCUGCAACGACCAAGGCUACCCAGCUCUCGCCAUCUCCAAUGACGAAUACGAAAUCAGAGACAUCUUCUACCCGACCCACUCCCUCCUCCUCUCAUUCCCUUCCUCCGCCGCCGGCGGUUCCUGCAAAACCCCUCUCCACAACCUCACCCUCGAUCGAACCCCAUUCCACAUCUCACCCAACGACACCCUUCGUCUCUCCUUCUUCUACAAUUGCAGCAGCUGGCCGCCUCCUGGGCUUCUCAAUUUCUCUUCCCGUUCAUCAUCAUCCUACCCAAUCAAUUGUUCUACCAACUCCACCCAUUCCUCCUUCGCCGUCUUCCUCGACCAGCUGCCGGAGGAGGUCGGUGAGGAAAUCAGGGAAGCCAGGUGUCAGGAAAUCGUGGAGACUCCCGUUCGCCGUGGGGAGCUGGUCGGCGACGGCUCUGGUGAUUACAGCGAGAUUUUGGAGAUGGGUUUUGUGUUGAACUGGACUGCGCAGAAUUGCAGCGAUUGUUCAGGCAGUGGCGGGCGGUGCGGGUUUGAGAAUAAUCAAUUUGUUUGUUUCUGCCCUCAUGGGCCCCGACCCACUUCUUGCUAUGACGGUCGUGAACCAAAUGUCGGGGUGAAAGUAGCUAUAGGUGUUGGAGCGGCUGUUGGAAGUGUGGCCAUAAUGCUCAUUCUCUUCCUCAUAUACCUUCGGCGUAGAAGACAACAACAAUAUUCAGCUACCGGUUCAUCCCUGUUAUCUAGAAGCAUAUUUUCAUACCCUUCUUCAAAAUCCAAAGUGGAGCUUGAGAAGGGUACUAGCAAGUAUUUUGGCGUUCAGGUCUUCACGUAUGCAGAACUUGAAGAGGCCACCAAUAACUUCCAUGCGAGUAAUGAACUUGGAGAUGGAGGCUUUGGCACUGUAUAUUAUGGUAAACUCAAGGAUGGGCGAACUGUUGCAGUGAAACGCCUGUACGAAAGCAACUACAAGAGAGUAGAGCAGUUCAUGAACGAGAUCGAGAUUCUCACUCGCUUGCGCCAUCCCAAUCUCGUCUCCCUAUACGGAUGCACAUCUCGCCACAGCCGCGAGCUCUUGCUGGUCUACGAGUACAUCCCAAAUGGCACGGUGGCGGAUCAUCUCCAUGGCGAAAAGGCAAAACCCGGAGCCCUCUCGUGGUCCACUCGAAUGAGCAUCGCCGUGGACACAGCUAGUGCACUCGCAUAUCUCCACGCCUCCGAGAUCAUUCACCGUGACGUGAAGACCAACAACAUUCUGCUCGACGAGAAUUUCGUCGUGAAGGUUGCCGAUUUCGGGCUGUCCCGUCUCUUCCCCACCGAUGUCACCCAUGUCUCCACGGCUCCGCAGGGGACUCCCGGGUAUGUGGAUCCCGAGUACCACCAGUGUUACCAGCUGACCAGCAGGAGCGAUGUUUUCAGCUUCGGGGUGGUCUUGGUCGAGCUGAUAUCAUCCAUGCCAGCCGUCGAUAUCACGAGGCAUCGACACGAAAUCAAUCUGUCCAACAUGGCGAUCAACAGGAUCCAAGGCGACGCUCUGCACGAGCUUGUGGACCAGAGUCUCGGGUUUCAGUCGGAUGAUUCGAUAAGGAAGAUGAUGACGGCUGUGGCAGAGCUGGCAUUUCAGUGUCUUCAGAGUGAUACGGACUUGAGGCCUUCGAUGGAUCAAGUCUUGUCUACCUUGCAGGAGAUACAGAGAGUUGGGGAUGAUUCAGAGAAAGGGAGUAAGGCGCCGCGAGAUGUAAGGUCGGAUGAUGCUGUGUUGUUGAAGGGUGUUGUUGUUCAGGAUUUGCCACUGUCGCCAAAUUCUGUAACUGGGAAAUGGCCCAGCGUUGCUACGACUCCUAACACCAGCAGUUGAAGCUUUGGUUUUAUAGAAAACUUUUCCUGGUUUGGAAGGAGAAGCAAUGCAGUGGAUGUAACUUGUAAGUACUUUUUUUGCCCCGGUUUGUUCUAAUGGUAUUUUGAUAAGCAGUCAGUUGACUCUGGUUUGACAAGGAUGUAUACAAAUAGUUAAGGUCAUUAAUAGAUGCAUGUACAGAGCCAAUCAAUGUGAGUUUAGAUCACAUUCCUUCUCCCUUUCCCUACUAUGUUUGCCUUGUUGUUGAGUUUGUUUUGACCAUACUGGUUGGGAUGGCUUGGAAAUUAACUACAGGCAAACCUCUCUGAUCCUAUUUCGUUGUAUCAUGUUGGAGGAAUGCUUAGGGUUUUUCCAGAAAUAGCACAGUUUAAAAAAAAAAUUCCUAAAAUAGCACCUAAGUCCGAAAAAUUUCAAAAAUAGUACCCUUUUCCAAAAAACCGCUCCUUACCAGUGCGGUUUAGGCGAAAACCGCCACCCAUGGGCGCGUUUUUCGAUGAAAACCGCACCCCCACCAUGCGAUUUGGUUGCAGAUCGCACCCCCAGGGUGCGAUCUGUUUUUUUUUUUUUUUUUUUUUUUUAAAAAUCCUAACCUAGGUGGAAACUUCAAACGGACGUAUCUUUGUGUUCGGGUAUCCAAUCGUCGCAAAUUUUUUUUUGAUUCCGCAUAACUUUAGGAGAUCUUGCAAGCCAAAGGUGGUUUGGUCCCGCCUUCAUCCCAAAAAAUGUCGUUUGCUACCCCGAACGAGCUUUUUUCCGAUUUCGUCAAACUUUGGACAACCAUAACUUUGUGCUCCAAAAUCCAAACAACAUGAAUUUUUUUUUAUUUCGCAUAACUUUUUAAGGACUACAACUUUUAUCAUAGACACAAUUUCAAAAUGUACGUGGAUUGGUGAGAAGGGAAGGUAAGCUAUUCCCAAAAUCCUGUAUAUCCAAAAAUAAUUCCUAUUUUGAAAAUUCAUUCUAGUAAAAAUUGUAGUCCUUAAAAAGUUAUGUGAAAUAAAAAAAAAAUUCAUGUUGUUUGGAUUUUGGAGCACAAAGUUAUGGUUGUCCAAAGUUUGACGAAAUCGGAAAAAAGCUCGUUCGGGGUAGCAAUCGACAUUUUUUAGGACGAAGGCAGGAUCAAACCACCUUCGGCUUGCAAAAUCUCAAAAAGUUAUGCGGAAUCAAAAAAAAAUUUCGCGACGAUCGGAUACCCGAACACAAAGAUACGUCCGUUUGAAGUUUCCACCUAAGUUAGGAUUUUUCAAAAAAAAAAAAAAAAAAAAAGCAGAUCGCACCCUGGGGGUGCGGUUUUCAUCGAAAAACGCGCCCCUGGGUGGCGGUUUUCGCUUAAACCGCACUGGUAGGGAGCGAUUUUUCAAAAAAGGUGCUAUUUUUGG